CUAAUACUGUAUGUCAGUCACUGUGGUGUUAAGGAUGCUGAUGUAAAGAAGACACCAUCCCUACCCUUAGGUUCAAUUGAGUGGAGAAAACAAACACAUAAAUAAGUGGCAAAAGCUAAAAGGAGAGAUGUGUUCAGAAUGCAUUCUGGUUUCCGAGGAAGGAGGGGAGUCUGGAACAGGCUUUAGAGAAGAGAUGACUCAGAUGAGCAGGAUGAUACACUGGUUGCAGCUAGUGUUGAGUGUGGGGUGGGGACAAAUGGGAAUGAUAGUAGUUGGUGGGGUUUUUUUGAAGACUAUUUUUAGAGAGGGGGAAGGGAGAGAGAGAGGGAGACAAAUAUCAGUUGAUUGCAACAUUUCAAUUUGCAGGAGGACACUCACCACGGAGCCACCCGUUGGUAGCAGCCUGUUGAUCACGUUUCCCCUUCUGCAGGAGUUUUUUACGGACAGCCUGUGGGGCACACUGCCUUGCUCAUGGCAGGAAGCACUGGAUGGACUGAACCCGCCACAGCUGGCCACACUGCUGCUAGGGAUGCCUGGGGAUGGGGAAGUGGUCAGGUACAGGUCGGUGUGGCCACUUACCCUGCUGGCCCUGAAGUCCACAGCCUAUGCCCUGGCCUUUAACCGGACGCCUGGGUUUCAGACCCCCUCAGAGUUUUUGGAGAACCCCAGCCAGAGCUCCCGACUUACAGCUCCAUUCCGAAAACACGUCAGGCCCAAGAAGCAGCAUGAAAUCCGGAGGCUGGGAGAGUUGGUGAAAAAACUGAGUGACCUCACCGGCUGCACCCAGGUUGUGGAUGUAGGCUCAGGCCAGGGCCAUCUCUCUCGCUUCAUGUCCCUGGGGCUGGGGCUGAAGGUGAAGAGCAUUGAAGGGGACCAGAGACUGGUGGAGAGAGCCCAGCACCUGGACCAGGAGCUCCUGCAGGCUCUGGAAAAGGAGAAGAAAAGGAACCCACGGGUGGUGCAAAUUGGGUCUCACCACUCCCCACACCAUGUGGUUCAGUGGGUAGACCCCAGGACCCGGUGUGAGGAGCUUCUGCUUCCACUGGAGGACUCACCUCGGGGUGGGGCCCGCUUGCUGCUGACAGGCCUCCAUGCCUGUGGGGACCUGAGUGUCGCCUUGCUGAGGCAUUUCUCCUGCUGCCCUGAGGUGGAGGCCCUGGCCUCAGUGGGCUGCUGCUACAUGAAGUUGAGUGACCCUGGUGGCUACCCACUGAGUCAGUGGGUGGCCACACUACCUGGCUAUGAAUUGUCCUACAGGCUGCGGGAGGGGGCCUGCCACGCCCUGGAGGAAUAUGCCCAGAGGCUACAGAAAGCAGGCCCUGGCCUCCGAACCCACUGCUACCGGGCAGCACUAGAGACGGUCAUCCGGCAUGCCCAGCCCAAGCUCCGUCGGCCAGGCGUGCAGGGGAUCCCCAGGGUCCAUGAACUCAAGAUCGAAGAAUAUGUGCAGCGGGGGCUGCAGCGGGUGGGGCUGGAUCCCCAGCUGCCACUGAAUCUGGCUGCCCUUCGGGCCCACCAGGCCCAGGAGAACCGUGUGGUGGCCUUCUUCAGCCUGGCCCUGUUGCUGGCUCCACUGGUGGAGACGCUGAUUCUACUGGACCGGCUGCUGUAUCUUCAGGAGCAGGGCUUCCAUUCUGAGCUCCUGCCCAUCUUCAGCCCUGAACUCUCUCCCAGAAACCUGGUUUUGGUGGCCACCAAGGGGCCCCUGGGUCAGGCCUUCUCUGUUCUGGAGAGUGAAGACAGCUGACAAAGCCUGUGGAAGGGCACACCUGGGGCCCAGGA